CGGUCUUGGUUACGGCUCCCGGAUGAAGUCUGGCGUGGACCUCGGGGGGCCUCCACUUCUAACAGAUGUCAUUCUACACGACUUCAUUCCCUUGGAUCUGAGUCCAAUCCAUCCGGCCCCAUCGGUAUGUAAUCUUGGACUUUUCAGCAAGCUUCCGGACGAACUGCUGUAUCUGCAUAUACUUGACGAGCUCGACCUUCUCUCCCUCAUCAGAUUCCGCAAUGCCAGUCAUCAUGCCCACUAUUUGGUAGACACCAUGUCGGAGUUUCAAAUCCUCGCCAAGUGGGCGCCCCAGGUCAUUCGUGGUAUACUUGCUGUACAAACGAAUAUCGUGGCCAGCGUGGCCGCGAUCGCCGACAAACUUCGACAAAGACAUUGCGAUCGAUGCGGUAAGGCAGCUCAGCAAAUCUGGCUUCCAACAUUAGACCGUUUGUGUUUUGUAUGCGCGCACCGAGGACCAAUGCCGCUGGAGGAAGAAGAGAUGCUGAAGCAUUAUAGCCUGACCAAACAUGAUCUACACUUGAUACCCUCUUUUCGUUUUCUACCGACUACUUUCCAAGGACCAAUGCUUGCAGAAACAAGGUUACCCAAACAUCACCGUCCGUCAAUAAAAUGGACGGGUUCACCGUAUAAGCCCCCCGAUUUCGAUCCUCGAUGUAUAAACAGAGAACCGCCG